CCGGAAGCUCAGUGCGUGUGAGUGUGCUCGGCUUCACGGUCUGGAUGCGGCAGUAGACAAACGGAGUGCAGCUUCAUUUCUGCGAAUUUUCAGAUUCUACCGGAGAAUCCUGCGUCUAACCCGGACCUUUACCGGGCCGAACCGAGCCGAACACAACCGACCCGCUCCGAACAGAGCCGAACCGAGCCGGGCCCGAAUAAAGACGGAGACGGAGACAGACGGGCUUCAUCUCCUCCUGCAGAGCCGAGCAGAGUCUUCCUCACCGAGAUGCUGAGAUCGUGGUUCCUGCAGGAGAAUCUGAUCCAGGAUCAGUGAUCUGCUCAGUGGAUCCAACAUGGCUUCAGCGCUACCAGUGUGUCUGUUUGUUCUUCUGGUGCCUGCUGCCACCGGUCUGCAGUCGGAGGACUCAGACGGUCCACUUUGCGCCUUUGCUGACAGCCUGCAGGGGGUGGAGCCAACUCCAACCAAUGAGCUGCGAGGAGUGGUUCAGGAGAACGGUACAAUUCGCUGCAGCCGCGGCUCCCGCUGCUAUGGAUUGUGGGAAAGACAAGGCGACGGGGAGAUGCAGCUGCUGAACCAAGGUUGUUGGCGUCACGUCGGCCACCACCAGGAGUGUCAUGGCGACCGCUGCGUCCUCGUGUCCCGGCCUCCGUCUGCGAUGCUCAAGUCCAACUACCGCUUCUGCUGCUGCAGCCGCGACCUCUGCAACGCCAACUACACUGAGGCCCCGCCCACCGCUGACACGCCCGCCCUGCGGCUGAUGAAGCCGGACGGCCGCGAGAAUGGGCCGACAGGUGAGUGGACAGAUCACCAUCUGACACUGGAGGAGACGGCGCUCGUUGCCUUGGUAACCGUUGCCGUAUCAGCCAUCCUCAUCGUGGCACUGUUUCUGGGAUACCGCAUGAUGAAAAGGAAGCAGAAACACAACGUGUCUACUGAGGAUGUGAUGGAGGCAGGAAACAGCCAAUCAGCUGUCGACCUGGACAACCUGAAACUGAUGGAGCUGAUUGGUCGAGGCCGUUACGGUGCCGUGUACCGUGGAACCCUGAAGGAACGCUGCGUCGCCGUCAAGCUGUUCAGCUCAGCCAACCGGCAGAACUACGCCAACGAACGUUCCAUCUAUGGCCUGCCACUGCUGCAGCAGCACAACAACAUCGCUCGGUUCCUGAUGGCCGACGAGAACACGACGGCCGACGGACGACCAGAGUUCCUCAUCCUCAUGGAGUUCUACCCUCAUGUAAGACUGACGGGUUCUUCAGGGGCUGUCUGUCCCCGCUACCUGUCCAUCCACACGGUGGACUGGUCCACCUGCUGCAGGAUGACUCAUGGAGUCACCAGAGGACUGGCCUUCCUGCACACGGAGCUCUACAGAGCAGACCAGUACAAACCAGCCGUGGCCCACAGAGACCUGACCAGCAGGAACGUCCUGGUCAGAGCAGACCUGUCCUGCGUCCUCGCUGACUUCGGUCUGUCCAUGAGGCUGACGGGCAGCCGGGCCUGUCGCCAUGGAGACGACGACACCAUGACCAUAUCUGAGGUGGGGACGGUGCGCUACAUGUCUCCGGAGGUUCUGGGCGGAGCUCUGAACCUCAGAGACUGUGAGUCAGCGCUGAAGCAGGUGGAUGUCUACGCUCUGGGUCUGAUGUACUGGGAGAGCUUCAGGAGGUGCAGUGACCUGUUCCCAGGAGAGGCCGUCCCUGACUACCAGUUGGCGUUCCAGGCUGAGCUGGGGAACCAUCCCAGCUUUGAGGACAUGCAGGUUCUGGUGGUCCGAGAGAAACAGCGGCCCAGGUUCCCUGAACCCUGGAAGGAGAACAGUCUGGCGUUGCGCUCCCUGAAGGAGACCAUGGAGGACUGCUGGGAUCAGGACGCUGAAGCUCGACUCACUGCUCAGUGUGCAGAAGAAAGACUGGCUGAACUCACACUGCUGAGUACACACACCUCAGUACACAACCACAGGUAUGUUAAAGCAUUUUGUUCCACUAAAAAUCUCAGCACACUAAUAGGUACACACAAACAGGUACACACAUUAACAGAAAUAACUUGCCGAUGUUCUGAUUGGUGUCUCAGGAACUUGUCUCAUGGCAGAUGGCCUCCUCAGCUUGGCUCUGCCUCCCCCUACAUUGAGGACCUGCAGGUGGGCGUGGUCAAGAACCUCCAAGGAGACGGACACCCGGCGCCACUUAUCAACACGACCACAAGUGGAGCAGAAGUUACGGAGAAGAACAGGAACCAUGAACGUCAGACUCGACCGUCAGAUGUUUCCGUCAUCUACAACGCUGCCGAACCCCUACACAACGGUGGUGCCAGUUCAAGUGUCCCCAUCUGCCUGCAGCUGACAGAAGAAGACCUGCAGGCCACCAAGCUGGACCCCAAAGAGGUGGAUAAGAACCUACGGGAAACUUCUGAUGAGAACCUGAUGGAACAUUCCCUGAAGAACUUUGGCUGUGAUCCGGUUCAGACCAGCAGCCUUCCCUACCAUGAGCUGCUGCACAGCUCUGAGGCUGAACCAGGAGUCUUUAUGGAUCCUCCUCCAGCCUCCAUCCGCCACCUGCCCAAACAGCAGAACCUGCCCCAGAGGCCCACCAGCCUCCACCUGCUCCCCAAAGCCAAGGACAGCAGCUCCACCUCGUCUCGGCUGAAGCUGGGGAAGUUCAAGUCCAACCACCGACAGGUGGAAACAGGUGUUGCUAAGAUGAACACGGUGACGGUCAACGCGGCUGCAGAGCCUCACCUGGUAACCACGGUUACCAACAACAUAAGAGGAAGUGCUGCAGCUGGUAAAGACGUCCACGCUGUCACGGCGGUCGCCAGUGGCUACAGUGCAGGCGUCCCCACCCUGGUGACCAACGGGAUGAUCAGCGGAGGUAGGACUAACCCGGCCGGACCGCAGGUGGAGGAUGAGGACCAGAUGGAGGUCACGGCCAGCAGAGGAGACAACCACCUGAACCCGCUCAACUUCAGUCCCGAUGAACAUGAACCUCUACUGAGCAGAGAGCAGCCGCCCGCCGAGAGCGAACCUCUUCAUCAUCAUCAUCAUCAUCACGGCCGAGCGGGAGGGGUCCUGUCUGGACGAGGAUCCAACUCCAAUAACAACAACAACCGGUUGGCGCCGCCCACACAGGUGAUUGUCCAGGGUUCAGAGGUCCAGCCUGAAAGGACGAUGCCCUCUGAGGUCCAAGGAACCAGCAUUCCUGAUUCUGAACCACAACCGGGCAGUGAACCUCCUACCACCAUAGGUAACCACAAAGGCUCAGAUACUGGUUUCCAGAACGAUGCAGCAUCAGCGUUGGCUUCUGGAUACACCCAAAGUCCAGAAGAUCAACAGACCCUGUCUACUUUCACUGCUGAGGCUCCUCAGUGCAGAGACUCUGGUUCAACAAAAGCACCAGAAGACCAAACCUCAUUUUCAAAAGAUGUGCUAACCCUCCCUCAGAGGCCUGCGUCACCAGAAACUCCAGACCAAGAAGCUGAACCCUCAGAACAAGGAGCUAAAGCCUCACAACCAGAAGCUUCCCCUCUGGAGGUGUCAGAAACUCCAGCUUCGGAGUGUCAGGAUUUAGAAACCAAUGCUGUUGGAGAAGCUUCAGUCCCAGAACCUGCAGCUCUACCAGGUCCAGCCUUAGAACCACUGACACCAGUUCUGUUGCAGUCUCAGGAAGGACAAACCAAAGCCAGGAGACCAGAGCGUCCCUGUUCUCUGGAUCUGUCCUCAUCUUGCAUCUCUUCAGAUGAUGUCUCCAUGGUGGACGUUGGCAGUCUGAGCGCAUCCGGAGAGAAAAUUAAACGCCGUGUCAAGACUCCAUACACUCUGAAGAAGUGGCGUCCAGCCUCGUGGGUUGUCUCCACGGACACGUCUCUGGACCCGGACUUUGACUUCACCUCCAGUAGCAGCAGCCAGUUCUCCGGUGGUCUUCACAGAGCAGGAAGCCUCGGCAUCCCCAGAAUCAACCAGUCCAAAUCCAGCAUGGCGGUGUUUCUGGUGGGGGGCGGAGCUACAGCGACCACGACCUCCGAGCCCGACGGCAUGACCUGCUUCUAAAGAGCAGUCACAGCUUCCUCCUUUCCUUACAGAUUAGUUUCUUUGUCUUCCUUCUCUUCUGUUGUAAAGAAAUUGCAGUUAUCUGCAUCAUUCUGCAUCUCCCGUCAAACCAAAGGCUCCAGAGGAGAUCCAAGCUUUCUGACCAGGACGGAGUCAAACCCACUUUAAGGUCUGUUCAUGGAGUUUGUUUUUUUUCUGACGGAUUCCUGCUGAUCGACUGUUUUACCUGGAUUCAGCCUGAAGGCCUGCGAUGUCCAGAAUAUUUAGAAGAUUCUUCUACAUCUAGAUGUUUACCUCCAGACCUAACUGUUCUUCAGAUGUUUGUGGCUGGGGCCUGAAGAUCUUUAUGGGUCCACAUUCUGCUCCGUCUGAUCAAGUUUUACUGCUGCAGAUCCUGGUUUGUGUGUUGAUAGUGGAACAGCAGAGGGUUGGUUCAGGUGAAGGUUCCUGGAUCAGCCUCUAAUUCAGUUUCUACGUUAACUCAGAAUGACAAAAACGACAAAUCAUACCGACUGGACGUCACUUCAGCUCGAUGUAGGAAACACAAUAGUGGAGGUUUGUAGUGUUAGCCACGGGGAUGCUAACUUCAGACACUUUGUUAACCAAUAGUUAGCAGGAUUCUCGACCAGUACAUUGAGAAUCUACUCUUGAUCAAUCAGUUACAGUGGACUAUUAUCUGUAUGCUGUUACCAACCUUUAACUACCAUCUACAGUAGCAGCUUCAUGUUCGGUUGUCCUAGCAGAAGCCUGCUGAUCUUAAAGUGGUUCGCUCUGGUUGGAGGUCAUGACCCUCCUCAGAAGUCUUUGUCAUGGUGCCCGUUGCUAAAGUCCCACAGUGAGAUCUCUGCUGUCGUCAUCAAGAGCUUUGUGCUGCUGAUGUAAUUGGUCAAACAGCUGAUGUUCUCUUUGCUCGUGUUUUAGCUGCAGAUCAACAAACUCUCCAAAAUAACGUUAGAACCUGAACCCAGCAGCCGUCGGGCGGCACUGGUUUCUGUCCUGAAACAGCAGCAGGUGGAAACCGCACCUUUAAAUUUUGGAUUGAAUUUGUCUUUAAAGUGGAGGAUUAGCGUCUGGGCUUCUUUAUUUGUGAAGGUUCUGGACCAGCGAAGAACUUUAGGAUCUCAUGUUGUUGGCAGAAAGGUUCAGGAAAAAGAACAAACUGACAAGUUAAAGAAGAAUCAUCCUUCAGUAGAAGUCCACAGCAGCAGAAUGCUGUUUGUUCCUCAGACUGGUGUAUUAUUAGAUUAUGUGUCCAGUAGUACAUCUUUACUCAUAUUUUAUUAAUAUAUAAGAACAUUUUAUUCAUGUUUCUGUGCUAUUUAAAUGAAUAUAUUUUGAACAUUUUUAAAACAUUUUAGAGACACUUUAUUGACAUUUUGACACUUUAUUGAUGUUUUUAGUCUUUAGACACUGCUGAAUUUUAGUCACAUUUUAUUCAAACAUUUUAAAAUAUUUUUGGAAUGUUAUUUUUCACAUAUUUUCUCAAUGCUUUGGGGAUAUUUCAUCUUCAGGAUGCUGCUUUACUGCUGCUUUACUCUCCUCUACAUCCAGUUUAUAUUCAGCAGAGAAAUCUGAAGAACUAAAUUCUACUUUCAGUUCCUCUUCCGUCUGAAUUUCUGCUCACAUGUUGGAUCAUUGGAACAUUUACUGAAAUGAAAUGAAAUCUGUUGAUUCAGACAUGAGAAAUGAACCUACGGCUGUUUGGAAGAAGAAGAAAGUUUAAACCUUUAAUGUGUUUGUGAGACGUCAGCUGGUAAAUGUAGAAGAAGGAGAAACACUCAAGUACUGAAGUAGGGUACUUGAGUAAAUGUUUUUUGUUACUUUCCGCUGCUGUCGACUGAUCAGAGGAUUUAUUUUAACCCUAUCUGAAGCACUUUAAUCAGAGAUGGUGGUUUGGAAGUCUGAGGAACAGUUAGUUUCUGUCUGAAGCAGUGAAUCCUGCUCUGAAGCAUCUUCUGAUGCCUCCUAAAGUCCAACAACUGGUCCAGAAUCAGUUUAUCAGAGUCCAAACUGGUCCAGAAUCAGUUUAUCGGAGUCCAAACUGGUCCAGAAUCAGUUUAUCGGAGUCCAAACUGGUCCAGAAUCAGUUUAUCGGAGUCCAACCUGGUCCAGAAUCAGUUUAUCGGAGUCCAAGCUGGUCCAGAAUCAGUUUAUCGGAGUCCAAGCUGGUCCAGAAUCAGUUUAUCGGAGUCCAAACUGGUCCAGAAUCAGUUUAUCGGAGUCCAAGCUGGUCCAGAAUCAGUUUAUCGGAGUCCAAGCUGGUCCAGAAUCAGUUUAUCGGAGUCCAAACUGGUCCAGAAUCAGUUUAUCAGAGUCCAAACUGGUCCAGAUGAGACUCCUGCUCAGUGACCAACUCAGAAAUGUUUCUUCUCAUGUUUCAGUGAACUUCAAGUGGUUUUCAGACAUCUGAAACUGACUCAAUGAGUUCCCCCACAAACUGUGAAUCCCAGCAUCAGAAGCCACAGAAAGUUCGAACACUAGGAUGAACUGCAGGCAGUGUUUCCUCAGAGAGAAUCAAAUGAAGUCAGCAUGGCUCAGAAACAGAAAACAGAGGAGCUAGCAGCUGGAGAUCAUUUCAGCAUGGGGGAACAUCUACAGCUGAUGGUGAAACAUGUUCUACAGGCCUGGAGAGGAACAGUGGAGAUGUUUGACUCCAUUAAUGAGUGUUUUCUAACUUCCUGUUGGUUUGGAUCUUCAGAUGUUUGGGGUUCCUUCAUCCUGUAGCACACCUGGACUCAGACUGUUUAAACCUGUUGAAUGAAUGUUGUAUUUUUUAUAAGUCGGUGUGUUUGAAGCUGUUGGAUCAGCUGUUUGUCCCAACCUUUGAACAUCAGGACCAUGAAUCUGGAUCUCCACAGCUUCUACCUGUUUAGAUGUUGUUCUUCUCACACUGCUGUUAAACGCCACGUUUUCUGAAUGGAUCUUCAGAAGUAAAUGGAGCAGAGCUGAUUCUCUGUUUUUAUAAGACUUUUCUCUGGAGGUUGGACCUGAGGAUGGAACAGCUGCUUUUAUAAACCCCAGUUGUGAUCUUUCAGAUGUGUCUUUGUGUAUUCCAGCUCCUUUAAUGUGCAGUUUGUAGUGAAGCCUUACACCCUCCUACUGUUCCUUUACUGCCUUUCUGAUGCCUUCUACAGCACAGUUCUGUGUUUUCUACACUUUGUACUGUUUUUACUGCAGAUCUGCUGUGAGAGGAUGAACCGACAGGAAGGACCUGAACACGGUUAGAUCUGCUGAGGGUCCAUCAUUUACUGGCUGUUAAUUAACUCUGGUUGAAGUGAAUCUGAAAAAUAGGAAUUACAGCGAAUCAGAGGAGGAGCUUUGAUGCAUUAAUGAAAACAUUUAAAAUUCAAACUGCAUUGACUGCUUCUCUGCAGCUCCUAGUUUCUGUAGUUAAGUUCAGUAAAACAACCGUCCAAAUAACUGCUGCUGACCGAACACAAUAACCCGCAUUUAAAAGGACCACCUGUGCUUUUUCUGCCAUUUAUAUAAUGCUGAAAGUUCAGAUAAUGUUCUAAAAAUAUUCAAAAGUUGCAAAACAUUUCAGCAAAAAGUGUCAGGCAGGAAGUUGUGGUCAACCUUUAGCAGCUUUUCAGCGAAUCAGCAACCAGCUCACAUCAUGAACUUCUGGCCAACUGUGAGGAAAAGUUAUCAAAUCCAGUUUAAAAGAGCUGCACACAUUUUAAACUGUUCCAAUCAGUUUGUACAAUAAAUACGAAUAAAAUGCUAAAAAAAAAAAGAGAGAGAGAGACAGAAGAGACAAGUUGGUCAGAUCAAAUUCCAAAUAUAAUGGGCAUGGAGUAAAAUCUGAAAGAUCAUUUGUUCCUCUAAAGCAAAAUGACAGUAAGGAGCAGCAGACCAUUCUAUAGAAUUAUAGAAUGACAGUGAGGAGCAGCAGACCAUUCUAUAGAAUUAUAGAAUGACAGUGAGGAGCAGCAGACCAUUCUACAGAAUUAUAGAAUGACAGUGAGGAGCAGCAGACCAUUCUAUAGAAUUAUAGAAUGACGGUGAGGAGCAGCAGACCAUUCUACAGAAUUAUAGAAUGACGGUGAGGAGCAGCAGACCAUUCUAUAGAAUUAUAGAAUGACAGUGAGGAGCAGCAGACCAUUCUAUAGAAUUAUAGAAUGACGGUGAGGAGCAGCAGACCAUUCUACAGAAUUAUAGAAUGACAGUGAGGAGCAGCAGACCAUUCUAUAGAAUUAUAGAAUGACGGUGAGGAGCAGCAGACCAUUCUAUAGAAUUAUAGAAUGACAGUGAGGAGCAGCAGACCAUUCUAUAGAAUUAUAGAAUGACGGUGAGGAGCAGCAGACCAUUCUAUAGAAUUAUAGAAUGACAGUGAGGAGCAGCAGACCAUUCUAUAGAAUUAUAGAAUGACGGUGAGGAGCAGCAGACCAUUCUAUAGAAUUAUAGAAUGACGGUGAGGAGCAGCAGACCAUUCUACAGAAUUAUAGAAUGACAGUGAGGAGCAGCAGACCAUUCUAUAGAAUUAUAGAAUGACAGUGAGGAGCAGCAGACCAUUCUACAGAAUUAUAGAAUGACGGUGAGGAGCAGCAGACCAUUCUAUAGAAUUAUAGAAUGACAGUGAGGAGCAGCAGACCAUUCUACAGAAUUAUAGAAUGACGGUGAGGAGCAGCAGACCAUUCUAUAGAAUUAUAGAAUGACAGUGAGGAGCAGCAGACCAUUCUAUAGAAUUAUAGAAUGACGGUGAGGAGCAGCAGACCAUUCUAUAGAAUUAUAGAAUGACGGUGAGGAGCAGCAGACCAUUCUACAGAAUUAUAGAAUGACAGUGAGGAGCAGCAGACCAUUCUAUAGAAUUAUAGAAUGACAGUGAGGAGCAGCAGACCAUUCUACAGAAUUAUAGAAUGACGGUGAGGAGCAGCAGACCAUUCUAUAGAAUUAUAGAAUGACAGUGAGGAGCAGCAGACCAUUCUACAGAAUUAUAGAAUGACGGUGAGGAGCAGCAGACCAUUCUAUAGAAUUAUAGAAUGACGGUGAGGAGCAGCAGACCAUUCUAUAGAAUUAUAGAAUGACAGUGAGGAGCAGCAGACCAUUCUAUAGAAUUAUAGAAUGACAGUGAGGAGCAGCAGACCAUUCUAUAGAAUUAUAGAAUGACAGUGAGGAGCAGCAGACCAUUCUAUAGAAUUAUAGAAUGACAGUGAGGAGCAGCAGACCAUUCUACAGCUCUACAGAAUGCUCUGACACUGUGUGAGAUGAACAUUUUUUGUGGGUAAAACAGUGAAAUAAUAUUGAGCAUUAUAGGUUCCCUUUAAUACUGAUACAGUUUAUUAAGCUAAUUAAAACAAGAAAACAAUGUUUAUAUCUUGUUUUAUCGUAAUUAUUUUAAAAAACUAUUAUAAACAAUGAGCAGGCUAACAGAAUAAGUUAGCUCAUAGCUCGUUUUAAAAAAAAGCUGAAAUAUCACUGGUGUAAGUUUUACUUUCCAUCGUGUGAAUGUGGACUGACUUUAAACUGACCAAUAGGAGCUGUUGUUUUUGUUGUGUGGCAGGCUGAUGAUGUCAUUUCCUGUAGCUGAGAAGGCGUCCCAUGAAGUUGAACCUCCUGCAUGAAGCUUCACUCACAUGUUGAGCAGCUCAGACAGCGUGUAGAUAGAAACCUGAUAUUUAACUGGUUCAGUGGUAUUCACGUGUAUUUCUGUACGAUAGUCUGAGUCGUGUAAAUACUCUGUACUGCACAUUGUGUACUUUCAUAUAGUGUCGUAUUUUGCACACAGCUGCAUGAACAUUAACCAUCAGCCUCAUGUUGUAUCUCCAUGUAGAGUUCAUCAUUAAAGAAUAAAGUGCAGAACAUC